AUGCCGAGCUCUCUGCCUUGCGCAAGCUCAUUCCAGGCACUAAGCCUGCACAUGAUGCUUUCGGACACAGCAUCGAUGCCAAGCUCGAAUAACUCGCGGACAUACGGCUUCAGUUUUGUCGUGACGAGUCCCGACCAGCCGCUGGAUUUUACCCAGUCAUUCCAAGAGUUGACAUACGUUUCGUGA